AUGGCUGCUUUCAAGGGUUGCUUUAAGUUAUUGUUGUUUGUAACCUUGUCAUUGGCUUGCAUCAACAUGAGCUUCGCUACUCGUGGUCGCCUUCUCGGUACACCAGCAGCUCCACCUCCAGUUCCUCCGCUGCCAUUCCCUCCAAAAUCCUUGCUGCCACUGCCCAAGGCCACAUUACCACCGCUACCAUCCACACCAACAUUGCCUCCCCUUCCGACGAUUCAACCGCUGCCGAAGCCUCCCUUGCCUCCAUUUCCUUCAGCACCAACAAUGGCAAAGGCUACCUUGCCCCCUAUGCCACCAUUACCAACAAUUCCCUCAGUUCCUACCACACCAACAACCGUGCCAUUGCCGCCGGCCUUUCCUUUCUCAUCACUGCCCCCAUCCAAGGAUCCAUUACUUUGCAAUGACGGUGGCCAUUCACUUACCGAGCGAGAUCUUGAAAGGGCAUAUGGAGUGCAAGCCAACAAACGCAAAAGCAGAGAGGGUAACAGGAAUACAGGUCAGGAAUGA